AAAAACACUAGCCAAAAAAAAGUUAUCAUAUUCAAAUUCGUGUUCAAAUUCAAUUUAUAUGGCCUCGUAAUUUCAAAUCAAAAUUACUGAUAUGUCAAAAACGCCACAAAGUCUCUCUUCUUUAUCAGAAAACAGUGCUGUAGUUGUAGUCAAGGAUGUCCUAGAUAGACUAGUCAUUGUAGUUGACUCUCUAUUAAACAACACAUCGGAAGGAGUUGUUGGAAAAACUCAGUCUGAUAGUUGCCUCUCGAAUGCUGUUCAGAAUGUCGAAGAAAAUAUUGCUGAACAAGAUGAUAUUGAAAUGCAAACCAGUGAAUAUUGGGAUGCAAUGGAUGCAAUAGAGUUUGAAGAUAAUGCAAUAAUAAACAAUAAUCAUGAAGACGAUAGAAUUGGCGCUCAGCUAACUUCACAACCAGAUGUUAUAGACGAUUUAGAGAAUGAAGAUGUACCAAUGGUCAUCGACGAAACAGAGUUCGACAUGAUAAGAUUCAGUGAUGAGCGUGUUCCAGAUGAUGAAGGGUUUGAAGCGCCUUUGGUAUCAUCAGAUGAUUUCGAAGAAGGAGAAGAACUCGUCAACAUAGAUGAUAUGGACUUCAUCGAAAGAGUUCUUCUGUAUUUUAGGGAUACAGACGUACUGUUGGGCAAUCAGCAUGGUAGCGGAGAUCAUCCCCCUCAAUUAGAUGAAUAAAUAAAUAAUAAAUAC